AUAACAUUCUACCACUUGGUUGUCAGGUGGCCAUGUAUGCCCUGUGCUAAUUUAGCAUCAAAGUUGGUGUACCUGUUUAGCUUCGAGGGUCGUCGAGUUUGAAUGUUUACAUUAGUGGAUUGUUUUGCCGUUUGUUCGAAGUGUUUAUCUCGAAUUUCUCCAAGAUGAAGAAAACAUCGAGAGAUAAACGUGAUAUCUAUUACCGACUAGCAAAGGAAGAAGGCUGGAGAGCAAGAAGUGCCUAUAAACUAUUGCACUUGGAUCAGCAAUUUGAUAUCUUUAAAGGAGUAACCCGAGCAGUUGAUCUGUGUGCUGCCCCAGGUAGCUGGAGUCAGGUUCUAGUAAAGAAGCUGAGAUCACAUCCCAGUUCAGAUCUGUCAAAGGUAAAGAUUGUUGCAGUGGAUCUGCAAGCAAUGGCUCCAUUACCAGGUUUAAUACAGAUAGUAGGAGACAUAACCAAGGAAGAUACUGCACAAGCUCUUAUAAAAGAGUUCAAAGAUGAUGCAGCCCAGUUGGUCAUUUGUGAUGGAGCACCUGAUGUGACUGGCUUGCAUGAUGUUGAUGAGUUUAUUCAAGCACAGUUGCUGUUGGCUGCCCUUAACAUUACCACACAUGUUCUUGCUCCUGGAGGAACUUUUGUGGCAAAGAUAUUUCGUGGCAAAGAUGUAACUCUGUUGCUGUCCCAGCUUCAGCUGUUCUUCAGCCGUGUUAACAUUACUAAACCAGAUAGCUCCCGCAGUACCAGUAUUGAGGCCUUUGUUGUGUGUCAGAAGUACAAACCCUUCCCAGACUACAAGCCAACAAUGCACAACCCUCUGCUGAAUCUUUCAUUUGAUGAUGAAGGGAUAUUUGAGGGAGCCAAUAAAUUUGUCUCCCCAUUUUUGGCCUCUGGAGACUUGCAACCUUUUGAUUCUCUCAGAUCUUGUACAGCAAAGUUGGAUGAUUGUGCGGAGGAAAGAAGUCAGCCUUUCCCAGAGUUAUCAGCACUUUCUGUUCCAUCUUUGACUAUACCAAAGAAAUAAAACUAUUAAGCUUGCUACUGUCUGCUUACUGUAAGAUUCAACAGAGAAGGAGGCUUCACGCUUGGGCGAUGAUGGGAUCCAGUGAUCAACUUACUCCGGCAACAUAGGGUUCCAGCAGUACAAAGACAACACCCCGCCACGCCACACAUUCCACACUCCCCCCCAAAUGCUGCUCGAAUACUUGCAUGAGUCUUGGACAUUUAAACUAGUUCGCACUAUGAACCACACUGUCAA